AACAGCAAGGUUCCAAAACAAACGAAAUGCCAAUGCUGGCUCCAGAAUCGUGCCGUCCAGGCGGCAGCGACAUUUUAAGCUCAGUUUUGCCAAUGUCAUCAACGAUUAGAGCGCUUUGAAGUGUUUGUGCUGUGACGCAUGGCCGAAACAAGAAUACUGUAGUGUGGGGUUUUCCAGAUCAACAUGUCCCUUCCGAACGUCAUACGAGGGCGAUGCGCUGUGGUUGGAGAGAGCACGGCAGGGAAAACAGCCUUGGUGCAGGUCUUUCUAUCGGAUGGAGCCGACUACCCAAAGAACUACAGCAUGACUUUCACGGUGGACCUGCACCAGAAGCAGGUGCGGAUCCCUGACACGUCAGAGUCUGUGGAGCUCUUCAUUUACGACGCUUCCGGCAAGAGCAUCUACCGGGACGUCCUCAGCAAUGUGCUGAACCCCAACCUGGUCAUCAUCGUGUACGACGUCACCAACGAGAAGUCGUUCCAGGCAGUUGCCGAGUGGCACAAGUUCAUCAAGGAGGCCAAGAAGGACAAAAACACCAUGCCCGGGGUGCUGAUGGCGUGCAAAAUCGACCUGACUGAACGACGCAUCAUCAGUCCCAAGGAGGGCAAUGACCUCGCCAACAAGCUGGGCUUCGUUUACAUGGAAUGCUCCGCGAAGGAAAACCAGAACAUCGACGACGCGUUCUUCUACCUAGCAAACGAGUGGCACAAGAUGUACUCGAACGGUGUGAACUCGACGCUGAAUGCUGCUUAGGAAUGGGCGUGAAGCAGCACUCAAAUGCAUGAAGCCACCAAGACCGCGACGCCGCCUGUUAACCCAUAUCGCUGCUAUGAACGUGUGACUCGGUUGGUGCGGUUGUGUGGAAUCAGAACUGGGCGCAAACAAUAAGGAUAAAGGAGCAAGGUGGCUCGUCAACGCGUUGGCCAACACAUGGUGCUUCAGCCGUGACGAGAUCGUGUGGUCAUGGAAGUAGAAUGAGCAGGGCGGUGGCCUUGCUUUCGGUGAUAAACAUUAUGUAACAGGCUCUUGUACUGGUCAGUUUGUGAGAUAGUUGCGUGCGGAUGCGCAAAUCAGACAAAUCCUGGGAGAAAGCGGACUCGAAUAUCAGGCUCUGACUUGGUGCGUUCUGGGAAAGCGAGGUCUCCCACGCCUGGUCCUGGCAUUGCAACUGCGUGCGAAAGCGUCCGGAAAACAGGGUUACUAGGCGUUGAAAACUAGAUUUCAGGGAGCGAAUUGAUGUCCCACAUUAUAGCUAGCAUAAGGAGAGCAUAGCGCGAUGCACCACACGCCUGAAACUAAGUACAUUGAUUGAAAAAAUGUUGCCAAAAAAAACUCAGGCUCACCUGAAAGGCAAAGAAAAAUGGGACAAACGGACAUGGCUUCGCAAGAUGACAAAGAUGCAAAGCACGUUUGUCUGAUAAGUUUGCAACAUGUAACCUUACGAAUAGAUCGCUGAGAGCAUUCAUGAUUUCAGGUCGUUCUCGGUCUUCAGGGGUGGUUGAUGCUUGCCAGUCCAGAUGUGUUGUUGGAUUAGACUGUGUUAGGGCCCAGCAGGAAUCAUUACAAACAAACAAACGUUUAGCAAUGGUUAUGAUUAUUGCCGGUGCAACCAGAUGCACCGUCAUUCCGGGGGGCAUAGCAUCACACGUGGCUACCCUGGUAAAAGCGAUGACACCAUUUUCAACGACUU